GACUGCAAGUAAUCCCAAACACCAUAUCUCAUCCACACUAAUUAUUUAAUUCCCUUAGUUCCGCCAUUAAAGCUCUGCUUUUUAUUCAUUCCCUCUGCCUUUUCCAUUACACUCGUACACUGUCUCAACCCAUUUUAUCACUUAUUCACUUCAUCAAUAUUCAAAGCUCACAUUUUUCAUAUCAUCCCACCUCUUCCCUGACUCUAUGUUUCCACCCUUUAUCCUUAAAUUGAUUUUGAUAGCAGAAGGGGGAUAAAUAGACGCUUCAAUGGCUCUAAGGAAACCUGGUUUGAUUGCUUUGUUUGAUAUUGAUGGAACUCUUACAGCUCCAAGAAAGACGGCUACCCCUGAAAUGCUGUCGUUCAUGAAGGAACUGAGGAAGGUUGUUUCUGUUGGAGUGGCGGGUGGAUCUGACCUUAGUAAGAUAUCUGAGCAACUUCUUCACAUUGUUGUUUCAUUAGAAAAAAAUGCAGUUAUUAAUGACUAUGAUUAUGUAUUUUCUGAAAAUGGGCUUGUUGCUCAUAAAGAUGGAAAACUCAUUGACACUCGGAGCUUGAAGUCAUUUCUUGGAGAGGAGAAGCUGAAGGAAUUUAUAAACUUCACGCUGCAUUAUAUUGCCGACUUGGAUAUCCCUAUAAAAAGGGGUACAUUCAUCGAAUUCCGAAGUGGGAUGCUCAACGUAUCUCCAAUCAGACGGAACUGCAGCCAAGAAGAAAGGGAUGAAUUCGAGAAGUACGACAAGGUUCACAAUAUUCGCCCAAAAAUGGUUUCCGUGCUUCGAGAAAAGUUUGCUCACCUUAACUUGACGUUUUCCAUUGGAGGGCAAAUAAGCUUUGAUGGCUGGGACAAAACAUAUUGCUUGAGAUAUCUUGAAGAUUUUCCAGAAAUUCACUUCUUUGGCUACAAAACUUACAAGGGAGGGAACGAUCAUGAAAUUUAUGAAUCGGAGAGAACAGUGGUACACACCUUUACGAGUCCUGAUGAUACAGUGCGGCAGUGCAAAGCUCUCUUCCUAAGCAACCCUUGAACACCACCAUUUUUCUUUUUGAUAAUACCUAUUUGUGUCUCGUAGUUUAUGAGUAGAAUAAGUGCCAAGCUGAAGCAGCUGCUGGCUCAAGUAUGUAGUUUUACAUGUGGUUCUUGUCAAAUUGGUUAAAAUUUGCCUAUUCAGAACCGGCAGAAAUUAUUUUAUCACGAAUUUUCUUUUUACUACAAUUCACUUUUGGA